AUGUCAAAUGAACGUCGCAUCAAAUCCUUGAAGCUGCGACUGCGCAGUAUCAUGACGUCGUUCAACCUCAUCAAAACCUUUGUCGAUGACUACGACGAAGAGAACCACGCUCCCGAGGUGCCCGUUCGCCUAGAAAACCUCAUCGCGCUGUGGACCGACUUCAACAAGAUGCAAUGUGAGCUCGAGUCGCUGGAUGAAGCUUCCAUAGAACAGCAGCUGAAGCAAAGAACGGACAUCGAAUCACACUACUAUCGAGUGAAAGGAUUCUUGCUCUCCGUGAAUAAAAUGCCAUCCACACCGUGCGCACCGUCGUCAAGUUUAUCAAACGCUCUGAUCCCUUCGUCGACAUCGCACGUGCGAUUGCCGGACGUUAAACUUCCCAUGUUCAGUGGAAACCUAGAAAGCUGGCUCAACUUUCACGAUCUAUACCUUUCGCUAGUCCACUCGUCUCAAGAUCUGUCGAAUAUUCAGAAAUUCUAUUACCUCCGAUCGUCUCUUUCUGGUGAUGCUCUUAAGUUGAUCCAGACCAUACCACUUAGUGCCAAUAAUUAUCCCGUUGCCUGGAAUCUGCUGGUGGAGCAUUUUCAGAACCCUGCUAGACUGAAACAAUCAUAUGUAGAUGCUCUGUUCGAGUUCCCGUCAAUUAAGCGCGAAUCGGCGGUCGAGCUGCACUCGUUGGUAGAAAAGUUCGAGGCAAACGUGAAGAUUCUACAGCAACUAGGGGAGAAGACGGAGUUUUGGGACAUUCUAUUGGUUCGCAUGCUUAGCACACGCCUCGACCACACAACCAGGAGAGAUUGGGAAGAGCACUCGUCCACUCUUGAUGCGGUUUCUUUUCGCGAUUUGACUGCUUUUAUUCAGAGGAGAGUAACAGUGCUUCAAAAUAUGAACGGUAAAUUGUCUGAGGUCCCACCACCCGCGGUAAUCAAGAAGCAGCUUAACCAACGUCCACUCGCUAGCCAUGGGGCUAGUCAGUUCAGCGCCAGGAAGUGCAUCAUUUGUUCCGAUCAGCAUCCCCUAUAUCUAUGUACAGCGUUUUCAAAAUUGAGUGCCGAAGAAAAGGAGAAAGAAGUUCGUCGGCAUCAGCUAUGCCGGAAUUGCCUACGCAAGGGUCACAUGUGCAGGGAUUGUCCAUCUACCAGUACCUGCCGUAAGUGUAGAGGCCGACAUCAUACACAACUAUGUACCAACGAUACACCAAAUUGCCCGAAGAUAUCUGAUCCUCUCAGUUCGAAAUCGUCAAAUGAGCCACCUACCGUAUCUGUAUCAGCCAGCGAGAUGAAACCCAAAAGUUACGCUUCUGCUGGACGAACCAGUGUGCUACUAGCCACUGCAGCAGUCAUUGUAAUUGAUGACGCCGGAACACAUCACGUGGCCAGAGCUUUGCUUGACUCAGGUAGCGAGUGCUGCUUUGCUACUGAAUCGUUUGCUCAACUUAUCAAAGCGCAGCGCAAGAAAAUUUCCGUUCCGAUUGCUGGCAUCGGCCAUUCUGCAACGCAAGCACGGUACAUGUUUUCAUCAACAGUGCGAUCUAGACUCAGCGAUUACUCCACCACUGCCGAUUUUCUUGUGCUACCCAAGGUCACCGUUGAUCUACCUUCCACGUCAGUAGAUAUUUCGCAUUGGAAAAUCCCAUCUGGCGUGCACCUAGCCGACCCUUCUUUCUGUACAACAAAUCCGAUCGAUCUUAUUCUCGGUGCAGAGUUAUUCUUCGACUUAUUCAGAGUUUCCGGUCGAAUUACACUCGGAGACAACCGACCUGUUUUAGUAAAUUCUGUCUUUGGUUGGGUAGUGUCGGGUAGGGUCAAUUGCUGCUCGGCAUUAACUCCAAUAACCGCUAACGUUGCUUCAGUCACCGAUUUGCACCAGCUCAUGGAAAAUUUCUGGGUCAUCGAAGAAGGAGAUUCCUCCCCUUGCUACUCGGUGGAAGAAUCCGCCUGUGAAGACUACUUCCGACGGACAGUUACUCGCUCACCAGAAGGACGAUACAUCGUUCGCUUACCAUUCAAGAAGGCUGCACUCGCUAUCCUAGGCGACAACCGUCGCACCGCUGUUCGUCGCUUCCGACUGCUCGAAACUCGCUUGCAUCGAGAUCGCAACCUGGCUCAACAAUACUGUAGCUUCAUGAAAGAAUAUCAUGACCAAGGACACAUGCAACGCUUAGCACACUUCGAAGAUUCCACAAUUCCACUGUAUCAUCUUCCUCACCACGCAGUCAUUCGUGAAGAAAGUACGACGACCAAAGUGCGAGUCGUAUUCGAUGCCUCAUGUAAAACCAGCAGUGGAAAAUCCUUAAACGACGCCCUUUUAGUAGGUCCAAUUGUCCAGGACGAUUUGAGGUCGAUCAUCAUGCGGUCCCGAAUUCAUCCCGUAAUGCUGAUUGCCGAUAUUAAACAGAUGUAUCGCCAAAUUCUAGUUGAUGAACGAGACACCUCUGUACAGCGCAUUGUUUGGAGAGCCUCCCCGGACGACUCAUUGGACACGUUUGAAUUGAAGACCGUCACUUACGGCACCGCAUCAGCGCCGUAUCUUGCAACUAGGGUGCUGCAACAACUUGCCGACGAUGAACAAGAUACGUUUCCUGAAGCAGCAGAUGUCUUGCGCAAAGAUUUCUACGUAGACGACCUCAUUUCUGGCAGAAGCACCGUAGCUGAAGCCAUCAAAUUGCGCAAUCAGUUGGACUCACUGUUAGCUAAGGGCGGUUUUGAGCUGCGUAAAUGGGCCUCUAAUGAACCAACUGUGUUGGAGGAUAUUCCCGAAGAAAAUCGAGCCCUGCAGCAGUCGGUAGACUUGGAUCGAGACCAAUGUCUUAAAACUCUCGGUCUUCAUUGGGAACCUUCUACCGAUGUUUUAAGGUACAAGAUAAAAAUUCCUCUACCCGAAACGAACGCAUCACUUACCAAACGUAUGGCGCUAUCAUACAUCGCACAACUAUUCGACCCGCUCGGUUUAGUAGGACCCGUCGUAACAACUGCUAAACUAUUUAUGCAGAUGUUGUGGACCUUGAAGAAUCGCGAUGGAACCAUCUGGAGUUGGGACGAAGAGCUACCAGUAGCAAUCCAAGAACGUUGGUACAAUUAUCACACACAACUACCACUGUUGAAUCAGCUCAGGAUUGAACGAUUUGCUAUGUGCCUAAAUCCAUCAACAGUGCAACUGCAUUUCUUUUCGGACGCAUCGGAACAAGCAUAUGGUGCUUGUGCAUACUUACGAUCGGAAGACUCAAACGGGAAUGUCAAAGUAGCUCUCUUGACUGCCAAAUCCAAAGUAGCUCCACUUAAAAAACAGACCAUCCCUCGCCUGGAACUCUGUGGCGCACUGCUAGCAUCGCAACUCUACCAGAAAAUAAUCAAAUCACUUUCAUUAGAACCCGAAGCGUUCUUUUGGGUUGAUUCAAUGACUGUCAUCAGUUGGUUAAGGGCCGCGCCUUCUACAUGGACCACAUUCGUUGCGAACAGAGUUUCCAAAAUUCAGCUCGCUACCAUAAAUUGCACCUGGAGUCACGUUGCAGGAUACCAAAACCCAGCAGACUACAUUUCACGUGGAACAACUGCCGAGUUCCUAAUCAACAGCGAACAAUGGUGGCAUGGCCCACUAUGGAUAAAUUUCGACAGAAUCGAGUGGCCUCAGCUAGAAAUUAUUCCAUCGCAAGCCAGUAUGAGCGAGGCGCGCAAACCACUCACAACGAACGUAACAGCAACAGCAGAAAAUUCAUUCAUCGACACAUACGUUAGCAGAUUUUCUAACUACCAGUGCAUGUUACGAGUGACCGCCUACUGUAAACGAUUUCUACAAAACAGCCGUCCUAAAAAUUCACAUCGACCAAUUUCGCACAUCGUCACAGCUGAGGAAUUGAAUGAAGCAGAAAUUACUCUCAUCAGAUUGGUCCAGCAGCAAACUUUCAACUCGGAAUGGAAGGCUCUCGAAAAACAACAUUCUAUCUCAACCAGAUCUCGAAUCAAGUGGUUCACCCCGUUUCUCAGUACAGACCGCCUCAUUAGGGUUGGCGGACGAUUGGCUCGUUCACAACAAACGUAUGACAACAAGCAUCAAAUCAUCCUACCGUCUUCACACCAGCUGGUCGUCUUACUCAUUCGACACUAUCACGAAAAACACCUUCACGCUGCCCCACAGUUGCUUCUCGGCCUACUUCGACUUCGCUACUGGAUCACGGGGGCCAGAAACCUGGCUAGAAAAAUUGUCAACAAAUGUACAGUUUGCUUCCGAGCUCGUCCAAAUCGAAUCGAGCAGUUUAUGUCGGAACUUCCAGCCGCACGAGUUACUGCAGCAAGGCCCUUCACAACAACUGGCAUCGAUUACUGGGGACCCAUCUACAUCCAGCCACCGCAUCGACGAUCUGCACCACGAAAGGCUUAUGUUGCAUUAUUUGUUUGCUUCUGCACGAAAGCUGUACAUCUUGAGUUGGUGGCGGACCUGACCACAACGAAAUUUUUGCAAGCUCUUCGACGUUUCGUUUCACGGAGAGGGUUGUGUGCGGAUAUCCAUAGCGACAACGGGCGAAAUUUCAUCGGAGCUGCGAAUGAACUACGUCAACUGAUACGAAGCAAGGAGCAUCGUGAGCUGAUUGCGCAAGAAUGUGCACAAAACGGCAUUCGCUGGCACUUUAAUCCACCCAAGGCAUCACAUUUCGGGGGCCUGUGGGAGGCCGCUAUCCAGUCAGCACAAAAACACUUUAUCCGUGUACUUGGAACCCACACUCUUCCCUACGACGAUAUGGAAACGUUGCUUUCUCAAAUUGAAAGCUGCUUAAACUCCAGACCGCUUGUACCUAUGAGCGACGACCCAACGGAUUUUGAGCCGCUAACACCCGGGCAUUUUCUCGUUGGAUCUGCUCUGAAAGCUGUACCUGAUGUCGACUACACUACAAUACCGUUCAGCCGGCUGCGAAAGUGGCAGCAAACACAACACAUGUUUCAACACAUAUGGAAACGUUGGCAUCGCGAAUAUUUAGCCACACUGCAGCCCCGGUCAAAAUGGUGCAACCCGCCAGUGCAAUUGGCAAGGAAUCAACUGGUAAUCCUUCGAGAUGACAACCUUCCUCCUAUGCAGUGGCCAACAGCCAGGAUUGACUCGUUGCAUCCGGGACCAGACGGAGUAGUUCGAGUCGUGACUGUACAAACACCCACCGGUCGCUACACUCGACCCGUAGCGAAAAUUUGUUUGCUACCAAUAUCCUCCGCAUCCAAACUGCAAGUGUCAACCAACGAAGACAGCGACACCGAAAAUUAGCAGCCAGAUAUCCACUGAUUUCCUGCUAGCACCAAAAUCAAACAAUACAACGCCCUUUUCUAUAAGGGACAAGAUUGCGAAAAUAAUGCUGCUGUAUGCUGACGUUUUCAACUCCAACCAAAUGUCAACAAUCGUCGAAGCUGCCGUGAGGGACAAACCAUCUGCAUCACUUAGGCGAUGAAUCGAUCACCUGCUUGCUCGAGUUUGCUGUCAAAAAUGUGAUUUCUGAA